CAUGACAGUGUGGUGUUGCAGCUCCAGCAGCAUGAUGGUGUUUCCCACUGACAGCUGCAGGUAUUUGGGGCGUGGCUUAUUACAUAGGUGUGUGAGGAAGAGGUCGCUCUCAGGUGUUUCAGCAUUCCCAGUUUCGAGACGGUACAGGAAGCCCCACUGACAUUUGGAUUUAACUUUAAACGACGUGCAAACAAACUUUUGUUUCUACAUAUUCAAAGACCCACAAGUUUGCAGCAGUCUUGGGAAGGUGAACCGGAUCCUGUUGGACUUCAGCUGGAGUCCAAAGAGAGGUUUGGAAGAUGAAUUCCGCCAGAUAUGAAUACGACGGCCACAACGGCCGCCACGAGCGGAUUGACUUCUUAACCAGCAAAGAGAAGGCGUCACCAAAGCGGAAACUCGGCAUUGUGAUCGGGGUCCUUGUGGCGCUUCUCAUCGCCGCCGUUGCAGGGUUCCUCAUUUGGUGGUUUCUCUUUAAAGAUGCUGAUUCAAAAGCCACUCUCAGUAAGCAGCUCAGCCCGUCAACGCAGGUCUUCAGCGGGCACAUGAAGUUGGUUGAUGUGCCGUAUAACCAGAAGCUGGAGGACACCAACAGCAAGGAGUUUGGGGAUUUGGCGAACAAACUGGAGGGAGUUCUCAAGGAAAACUUCAAGAAAGAUCCGCUCCUCGGAAGCUACUACACUAAGUCUGUGGUCACUGCGUUCAGUGAGGGCGUGAUAGCCUACUAUUGGUCCCAGUUUGAUGUUCCAGUGGAAGACCUGGAGCUCGUGCCGGAGUUCUCAGAGGAGCGGGUGUUGGAGACGCUGGAGAAUGGCACGCAGAUGUUGGGUAGACUGGGGAGCAAGAAGGAACUCAAGAUCAGUGAAGUCACUGCCGCAAUCACAGAUCCUCGCAUGGCCAGGAACCCCAGAGCCAAGGAGUGUUUCCAUCGUCUGGAGGCUACAGGAGGGGUACAAAGAUUUAUCUCACCAGGGUACCCCAAAGGCUACCCCCCCAGGUCUCGGUGUCAGUGGCAAAUCCGAGCUGCAGAGAACAGCGCCAUAUUUGUCACUUUUCCUUCUUUCCACAUCGAGGAUGACUGCACUGACGACUUUGUCUCCAUCUAUGACUCUUUGAGUCCGGAUGAUUCUCAGGCCAUCACAGAGAAGUGUGGUCAGAGGCCCCCCUCCAACCCUCUGGAGGUGGUGUCAUCCGGCAACAUCAUGCUGAUUAAUUUGAUUACUGACAGUCAAGUCCAGAGGUCUGGCUUCUUGGCCGAGUAUAGCGCCAUCCCCAGGUCUAAAGUUCAAACCUGUGGUGGCGUCCUCUCUGACAAAACUGGAUUCUUCACCUCCCCACUUCACCCCAGCUUCUAUCCUCCUGCAGUGGACUGCAAGUGGACCAUCGAGGUUGCCACUGGGAAGAAGGUGCAGGUGAAGUUCACCCUGUUCCGCAUGAAAGAGCCUGGGGUGGACACCCGUGUGUGUCACAAAGACUAUGUGGAGGUUAUGGGCACCAAGUAUUGCGGAGAAAUUACCUCUUUGGCUCUCAUCAGUGACAGCAACUCCCUGAAUGUGAUGUUCCACUCCGACGAGUCCUUCACAGACAAAGGCUUCAGAGCCGAGUACAGCGUUUUCGAUCCUGCAAACCCUUGCCCCAAACAGUUUGCCUGCCGCUCUGGCAUCUGCAUCACCAAAGAGCUGAAGUGUGAUGGCUGGAACGACUGCGGUGAUAUGAGCGAUGAGAUGGAGUGCAAGUGCGAUAACGAUCAGUUUUCUUGUGAUAAUGGCCUGUGCAAACCCAAACUCUGGUUGUGCGAUCGCGUCAACGACUGCGGAGACUGGAGCGACGAGAAGAGUUGCAGUUGCGAUGAGAACGAGUGGCGCUGUGGUGACGGGAUUUGUAUGCCUCAGGAUGUUGUGUGUGAUAAGAAGAAGGACUGUGAAGACGGAAGCGACGAGGCCAAUUGUAAAGCCUCUCCGGGCAUCUGCUCUGACUUCAGCUUCAAGUGUAAGAACAAAGAAUGUGUCAACAAGGUGAACGCCGAGUGUGACCGCAUCAACGACUGCUCUGAUGACUCCGACGAGGCCGGCUGCGCUUGUGGCAUCAGGCCCUAUAAGCUGAACCGCAUCGUAGGAGGGCAGAACGCCGAGAUGGGGGAGUGGCCCUGGCAGGUCAGCCUUCACUUCCUGAAAUACGGGCCCUCUUGUGGCGCCUCAAUCAUAUCUAAGAAGUGGCUCCUCUCGGCCGCUCACUGCUUUGCCACCGACAGCCCAGCGAACCAUAUUGCAUCCAACUGGCAAACCUACAGUGGCAUGCAAGACCAGUACAAGCACGAUGGCGUACAGCUCAGAAAAGUGAAGAGGAUCAUCACCCACCCGGAUUACAACUCGAUGACCUUUGACUACGACAUUGCGCUGCUGGAGCUCAGCGAGCCGCUGGAGUUCACCAACACCAUCCAACCCAUCUGCCUACCCGCUUCCUCCCACGUCUUCCCUGCAGGCAUGCCCUGCUGGGUCACAGGCUGGGGCUUGCUCCGGGAAGGAGGUAGAACGGCACAGGUGCUGCAGAAGGCGCAGGUGAAAAUCAUCAACGACACGGUGUGCGACGUUGUCACGGAGGGCCAAGUCACCUCCAGGAUGCUCUGCAGUGGAUUCUUGGCUGGAGGAGUUGACGCAUGCCAGGGAGACUCCGGAGGCCCCCUGGUGUGUUUCGAGGAGAGUGGGAAGUGGUUCCAGGCCGGCAUCGUGAGCUGGGGCGAGGGCUGCGCUCGUCGGAACAAGCCCGGCGUCUACUCUCGCGUCACCAAGCUGAGAGACUGGAUCAAGAAGGAGACACAGAUUUGACGACGUCGGUAGGAACGGGGUGGGAUGAAGAGCGGGGAACAACAUCGUAGUGCUAAAAAUAAUGGAGACGGAACAUUUAAGUCUAAUUCAGGACGAGUCUCUCCAAGAUGUAUUCAUUUAGCAGCAGACUGAGGAUAAUGCUGCACGGACCCAACCACUCACAUGAAUGACUUAACGCACUUUAUUUGGUUGCCAACCCCCAUUUUCCCACUCCUCACACACACAUAAACCACACCAACUCUUAUUUUGUAUAGUUUUUAAAGGCGUAAAUCAUCAUAGUGUCUUUUACCCUCAUCAAUAGUCAUGUUUACGCAUUACAAAUAAUGAAAUAUGCCAAUUCUGGGGAUAUUUUUCCAAUAUUUGUCCAAUGUAACUUUUCAAGAGGGAUGCAGAAUCUGAACAUUUUACACUUUUAAAAAAAGAAGAAGUAAAUUGUGCUUUUAAGCCUUUAGUAUUGUGUAUUUCCAAACAGGUGAGAUGCCUUCAUCCUUUUGGGCUGCAGUGAAUGUUGUACUUUGCCAGUGGGUUCGUGCUGUAGAUAUACCGGUAGCUAUAAAUUUGGGGUUUCAUUUAUCAUGCAUCUUAAAGUACCAUAACUCUUGUUUUAGCCUGUUUGCUACAAAACACUCGUACAUUACUGCUGACCACUUUCCAAAGCAUAGCAUAGCUUUUCAGAUUGAUUAAAGCGUUUUUAUCUACCUAUCUGCCAGGCAGCCAUUAGUCUCAGAUUGUAUCAGUAAAGUAUAAACAUUAACUUGUAGAGACAUCUGCAUUAGCGUAACAGAAGUUAAGAGAAAGAAACAAAAGUACAAGAAGAUUCAGGGUAAUUUUUAUAUCGUAUUAAAAUGAAUGAAAAGCAGAAGUGUAUAAAAUACUUAUUAUAAAAGCCCACAACGGUAUACCAGAUUUGUAGUCGGGGGGGCUAAAAUACCAGCAUGGAAAGACCGGAGUGACCCUGAAGUUGCUUUAAGUGGUUGUUGAUCUGAACAGGGGUCAGUAUCAGAUCAGUAUUUCUAUUGCAUAUUGACAGAUGCUUACUGGCUUUGCCUGGUCUGUGGAUGAGAUGCCAAAAUGUGAUAUUCAAAAGGGGGGCUAGAGGAUGAGGAUUAGAUCCAGUUGGCGUUUGCACAUGUCUCUAGUCAAGCUCAGGGGUCUUCAGUCACACACACACCUGAGAGCCAAAACAAACAAUUUUCACCAGCUUGCUAGAGCAAUGCAGCGAGUUCUUAUCCCUACAAGUUUCCUCUCACGACCAACUCAGUCAACUUCUAAAUCUAAGAUUUGACUGGAUGCUUCCUUUUACUCUAUUUGCCUUCAUCUCUUACUUAUCCUGGAAAGAUUGUAUCCUGGAUAAGCGAACCAAAGAUUUGCAUAAGUAUUAUUUAUUGAAGGGGAAAGAAUUUAAGAAGAAAAACUUGUUGAGGAUAAUGCUCAACGGACCUCUUUUAUUAAUUCCAUGGAGCCUUACAGUGAAACUAUGCAAGCGUAAAUGUGUGUUUUUCAGAGCGCAGGGGACUCUUAGAUAUUUUAAGAUAUUUUUAUGAGCAUUGUACAGUGUGAUUUGGAGUAUGGACAUACUUUAUUAUCUUCCUUUAUAUGUUUUUAUAUGAAAGAGACAGAAUAAUAAAGAUCUUUUAUCAGAUUCCUCAGUACCUAAUUGCAUCACCUGUAUCAUUUGUCUUUGACGAGGUCUCGUUUUGUCUUGUGUUGUGCAUAAUAAAUGCAUGUCUUGCGA